UGCAUAGUCAGAGAUGGCACCUCAGGGACUGCUAGGUUCCCUUCGGCUGAGUGGUGGAGUGGCUCCACUCCAGUGUUCCCAGUGGAGGAUAUCAACCGCGCCAAGAAUGUUAGGAAUGCUACAACCUCAAUAUCUCUCCUUUCUUUCUCAACACUUCGAACAUCUCAUGCUGGGGAGUACACGUGUCGGGGGAGAGUUCUACUAGCAGCAGCAGAGGUCAUUGCUGCCUCUUCACCUGUGGACGUAGUUGUCAGACUGCCAGCUCCAACUGUGACUGUGAGUGUUUCCAGUGGUGCACUGAAUGAGGGGACCUCCCUCAUCUUGACCUGCACUGCCACACUACCUCCCUGGGUGGAUACUGAUGUCAACAUCACCAUAAACUGGACAGCAGACAUCAGCAAUGAGC